AUGGGAUCUAAUUCAUUAUAUAUAUUAGUUUAGAUGAAGGUUUACCUUAGUAAUAAAAAUUUUGAAAAUAUUAAGAUCUAAAAUACUUCUUCAGUGGGAGCUAAUUUUUUUAGAAGUAAUUUAAGUGGAUCUGAAUUUAACAAUGUUUUUAUUAGUGGAAUGAAUUUAAAUGGAGCCUUAUUAUUUAAUUGUAAAUGGAAAAACUUGAAAAUUCAUGAAUUAUAUGAGUUAGGCGGUCAUUCUUGUAAAGUUAACUCUGUCUGUCUCUCUCCUGAUGGUAAUACGUUAGCAUCUGGUAAUGAUGAUAAGUCUAUCCGUCUAUGGGAUGUCAAAUCAGGAUAAUAAAAAGCCAAAUUAGAUAGUCAAUAUAGUGAUGUCUACUCAGUCUGUUUUUCUCCUGAUGGAAAUUUAUUAGCUGCUGGGAAUCGAGAUAACUUUAUUUGUUUAUGGGAUGUUCAAACAGUAAAAUAAAAAGCUUUAUUAUCAGGUCAUACUAAUAAUGUAAAUUCUGUUUGUUUUUCUCCUGAUGGUAAUAGAUUAGCUUCUUGUAGUUGCGAUAACAAUAUCCGUCUAUGGGAUAUUAAAACAAAAUAAUAAAAAGCCAAAUUAGAUGGUCAUACUAAUGGAAUAAUACUCUCCUGA